CAACAGGUCAAUUUGCAGACGAAUAUGAGUUCGCAGAUGAUGCGCGACAUGCGUGGACGGCGCGACGAAGUGAUGUGAUAUGGGUUGUGCGGCAUUUAAGAGUGAUAUUAGUGGAAGGACCAGUAUAGUGCUAGACGAUGACGCGGAAAGCAGACGAGAUUCUAGGUCGAACGUGGUAUCUGACACGGGGUCCUUCCCGCCAUCGCCAAGACUGUUUCGGAAGUCGUCUGCUUCUAAAGGGAAGAAACUGCCGACCGUGGAUUUGUCGUCUGGAUGCGGACCGUCGUCGCAACGAUUGGGCACCCCUCGGCCUCCGAACGACGGAACCCAGAGCACAGAUUCGGGGAUCUACGAACUGGACGAAGGUAUCAUCACUGAACUCUCGGCACCGGAGAAGGUCAUGCACGUGGAAAAGAAUUUCAGGCAUCCUGAGGACGUGGACGAUCUCGUAAUUGAAGGCAAGCAGUGUCCACGACGUCUCAGCGGCAAGGAGAGAGAGAAGAGAGAGGAGGAAGAGAUCCUCGACAAAUUGAGGGAAGAAGGACUUGUGGUACGACCGGGUAGUAAAGCUUCAGGUGGCCUUUCGUUCGAAGUUUCCCAGUCCGAUACGACAAGGAACUCGCAUCACCUUCCACCAUUAAAGAAGAAGAAAACAAAGAAAACGAGAAAGAAAGAAAUCACGUCGGAACUCAUCGAUCAAAGGUUGGAACAGGCGGACGCACGAAGAAAGGCAAGUUGGCCGCUUCUUUCUUAA